CAAGAAUUGACCUUGCGUUUUCGUCCCUCCCCCCUUCAUCGAAUCUCGCGCCGCUACUGCUAUUUAUCCACAGUCCCGCACGCUCCCUACUAGAUUAUCAUAACGAAACGAAAGAGUCAUGGCCACUACUGUUGCUGAAGAACUUGAAGGGCUAGGGCCUGGGGUGGACCAUGCCGGUGCUAGUCCGGUCCUGCAGUCUGUCGACAUGAAUGGCGCGGAUGCUGUUGACCAUUUGAACGGCAAGGACGACGAGGAGGAUGGGCUUGUGAAGCCGCAGCAGCAGCAGUAUUUUGAGCACCCGCCGGAGGUUGUGCUUGUCAAGUCGUCAGAUAUGGUGUGUGAGGUGGACGGGGAUGGGGCGGUACCCGAGCCGGGGAGCGAGGAUGCCGUGAAUGGGGGCGAGGUGGUGGAGGAGAACUCGGAGACCGAGGAAGAGGGUGCUGUUGUGCCGCCGUCUGGAUCGGAUAAGGAGGAUGUUUCGUCUUCUGCAGACGGUAUCGCUGAAGCCGGAACUGAAGUUGAAGAGGCGCACCCCGAGAUUGCGCCAUCUGAAAGCGAGGCGCCUCAUGUUAUCAGCAGCAAGGACUUGGCAGACGAGCAGCCUGCGGACACGGACACGGACAUUGCUCCCGCCCCGGUCGCUGUGGACAGCGAAGACGCGCCCGGCGACGAGGGAGCCGAAGAGCACGAGCCGUCCAGCACGGAUGCCGCCGAGGUCACACCGGAGGAACUCGGCCCCGCAGCCGUGGACGCGGAAUCAAGCGGCGCUGAUGCGCCUUCAUUAUCGCCUGCAGAAGAAGAAGAAGCUGCUGCUACUGAAGCGGACACGCCGGAAGAGGGUCAGUUGACCCGGGAGGGUGUCACAGGUCCGGAGGCCGGACACGUCGAAGAGCCCGUGGCGGAGUCGGAUGCUGUUGUGCCUUCCUUAUCGGUGGAUGAGAGUGCUGCUAGUGGGUCCGCCCUGUCUGGGGUGGAAGCUGAGCCGCAGCCUACGCCGGAAGAGGGGGAAGAGGCGGAGGCGGAGGCAGAGCUGCAUACGUCUGAACAGGACCAGGUUGAGGAAGCCCCCACGGACAUGGAGGAGAGCAUUGUCGAAUCCGUUGUUGAGUCGCAGGCUGAACAGGCCGAGGAGAGUGAGGCUGCGCGCGAGUUGUCCGAUCUGAAGGAUGAUCUCUCCCAUGAGCCUGUUGAGGCGACUGAAGACGUUCCAGCAGUCGAGGAAACGCAGGAGGCUGAGGUGCCCGCCGCUGAAGCUCCUGCGUCCGAGACUCUCGAGGCUGACGAGCCUGCGGAGGAACCCGUACAAGAGGAUGCAGCCGCAGAGGUCGUAGAAGCCCAAGAACCUGCCCCUGCCCAGCUAGAGCCCGCGUCUGCAGAAGAAGUUGAGGCCGCGGAGGAAGCCCCCGUCGCUGAGUCCGAGCCCGCUGCUCCCGCUGUAGCAGAGGAAAUCGUCGUAGAGGUACCAGCUUUAUCAGAGCCGGAGCCAGAGCCAGAGUCCAUCCCCGCCGCAGAUGAGGCCGCCGAAGAAGCUCCCGCCCCUGAAGCAGAGCCCACUGCCGCACCAGAUGAAGACGUAGUGGAGGAUGUACCGCCUGCGCAGGAGGAGGAGCUCACAGCCGAGGCCAGCGCGGCGGAGCUGGCUGUCUCUGAACCAGAGCCCGUCGCUGAAACAGCCGAGGAACUUGAACUUGACGCGGAUGGGGAACCUGAUGCCUCUCAGCCAGAGCCCGCCGAGGAAGAGGUAGCGGUUGAGGAGCCUCCUGUUUCUCAAGAAGAGCUUGCUGUGGAAGAAGUUCAGGCAGAGGAGGCGGCCGUGCCCGAGCCUGAAGCCGAAGUUGAAGUCGAAGCCGAGGCUGAUUCUGCCCCAGCUGUAGAAGAGGUUGAGGUUGAGGCUGAGGCCGGGGUCGAGGAAGCGCCUGUCGAGCAGCCCGAGCCUAUUCUUGCAGCGGAGGAGGUUCUCGAAGAGGAUGUGCCCGUUUCCCAGACGGAGGAGCCGGCUGUCGAGGAACCUGAGGCCGCUCCUGCGGUCGAAGAAGCAGAGGCGGCAGUAGAUGCGGAGGUGGAGGCAGAGGAGCCCGCUGUGUCGCAGCCCGAAGACGUUCCUGCGGCGGAGGAGACUCAGCCCGAGGAGCUUGCUGUUGAGGAGCCUGAGGCUGCUCCUGUGGCCGAAGAGGUGGAGGAGCUCGCCGUGUCGCAGCCUGAAGACGUUCCUGCGGUGGAGGAAGCUCAGCCAGAGGAGCCUGCUGUUGCGAACGCCGAAACGGUUGUCGCGGAGGACGUCGAGUUAGCAGAGCCUAUUCCUGCGGAGCCCGAGGCUGCUCUUGCCGUCGAAGAAGCUGAGGCCGAGGAGCCCGCCGUCGCGGACGAGGAACCCGUCGCGGAGCCCGAGGCAGUUGCCGCAGAGGACGAACCCGUACCAGAGGAGGCUGUCGCUUCGGAGCCCGAGGCUGUUCCCGCACCGGAGGAGGCUCAACUCGAAGAGCCUGCCGUCGUGGAGCCCGAGCCCGUCGUUGCAGAGGACGGGCCUACGCCAGAGGAGUCCCCUGCUUCUCAAGAGGAGACUGUUGCUGUUGCAGAUGAGGAACCGGUCGCGGAAGAAUUGGUAGAGGUGGCGGAAGAAGCUGCUCCUGAGGCGCAAGUCGAGGAAGCUGCUGCCGCCUCCGAAGCCACGCCUGAGGCAGAUGAGGAGCUCACCUUUGACGAGACUCCUGCAGCAGAAGACACCAUCCCAACCAUCGAGGUCGCCGCUGAGGAGGCAGAAGACGGUACCACGGGCGAUUCAGGCGAAGCUGGAUACACUAUUGCGGUCGAGGCGCCCACUCCUAAUGCGCAGGAGCCUUUGGAACUCGGAGAGGCUUACGACGAUGUUCCCUCUGCCGAGACGUCCGUCGCUGAGGCCGCCGAAGAAAUUAGCACUCCUACUGCGGAUGUGGAGGUCGCAGAGGUCGCGACUCCCGUUGCUGAGGCUGCUCCUGAGGCUGCUGAGCCAGAGAUCGCUGCAGAGGUUGCUGAGCUUGAGGCGGCUGUCGAGGUAGCUGAGCCUGAGGCUGCUCUGGAGGCUGCUGAGUCCGAGGCCGCUCCCGAGGUUGUUGAGCCAGAGGUCGCUGCGGAGGCUGCCGAACCAGAGGCGGAGGUCGCCGUUCUGGAGGCUGCUGCAGAGGUUGCUGAGCCAGAGCCUGCUCCCGAGGCUAGUGAGCUGGAGGUGGAGGAGCCCACGGCAGAAGAGCCCGUCGUCGAGGUCGCCGAAUCUGAGCCUGUCCCAGUGGAGGUGGAGGUGGAGGUAGAGGAACCCAAGGCAGAAGAGUCUCUGGAAGAAGCGGUUGAGGAAGCCGAAGCCAUUGCAGAAGCCGAACCUGAGGUGCUUGCGGACGUUGCUACUGCUGAAGAGCAACAAACGGAGCCCGUCACAGCUGAUGAGCCGGCUGUGGUUGAGGAGCAAUCUAUCGAGGAGUCCGAGGCACCCGUGGAAAGCGAGCUCGAUAUUGCCGCUGCUGAGAGUGUCGUAGAGGAAGAAGCUAUCGUCCCUGAACCUGAGCAAGCCGUCGAUGAAUCUGCACCCGCUCCAGUUGAGGAGGCGACGCUCGACGAACCUCAAGCUGCUGAGGAGGCACCAGAGACCGUCGACGCAGAGCCUACAGUCCAAGAUGUCGACGAGACGCCGGCGGAGGCGGAAGCGAAGGAAGAGCAGCCCGCAGAAUUCGAACCCGAAGCCGCUGCGCAAGAGGAGGACUCGGACGCACUCGCAGAGGCGGUAACCGCUGCAGCCAUCGCUGCGCCAAUUAUCGCUGCGGCUGUGAUUGCUGAAGCUACCCCAGAGGCGGCUGAGGAACCUGAACAGGCCGAAGAAGCACCAGCUGUCGAGCCUGUUGUAGAAGCUGCCGUCGACGAAGUAACCCCUGAGGUGGCUGUUGACGUUGCCGCGGAGGAGACCAAGGAGGAGGCGCCUGCACCGUCAUUACAAGUCGUCGCAGAAGUCGAACGCCCGAGUUCACCCUGGACGCCUUCGUACAGCGUUACGACUCUUAAUGGAGCGUCGGCUGCCGAUGAGGAGACCGAAGAUGCUGAAGCAGAGGAAGCCGCUGCUGAAGCCCCUACUCCCGCAAUUGCCGUGCACGAAACCGAGGCUUCGUCGUCCUCGUCCGAUGCUCCAGGCUCGGAGGCCACUGAGGCUCUCACUGCUGACACCGCGACCACCCCCGACGAUGCCCCGCCAAAGUCGCCCUGGACUCCUUCGUAUUCUGUCACCACUAUGGGCAACGUCCCUCAGGCUGAACCGGAGGAGAUCGAAGCUCUUCCUCCUAGCGUUGUGUCCGAAGACAAGCCUGCGGUCGAAGAGCCCGUUGCUGAGACCACUCCCGCUCCCGUUUCUGAGGAGGCUGAGCCCGAAGUUGCGCAAGAGCCCGAGCUAGCUGGUGAGGACGAGGCGCCAGAGGCGGAGGUGGUGGAAGUUGAGCAGCCAUCUGAGGCUACCGCAGUUGAGGAGGAGGUACAGCAAGAGGUCGAUGUUUCCGCGGAGGCACCAAGCAUCCUUGUGGAUGAAGCCGAGGCGGAAGUUGUCGAAGAACAGGAAGACAAGCCGAAGGCACCUUGGACUCCGUCCUACUCGGUUUCCAGACAGGGCUCUAAGGAUAACCUGACGGCGGCAGCAGCAGCGACCGUUGCUGCUGCGACUGCCGUGGUAUUCGAGUCUCAAGACGUUUCUACCCCUCCCUCGCAGCAGUCCGAGGAUGCUACGCCUGAACCUGCGCAAGACGGUGCUAAGCCUGAGUCUGAUGCCGCGGCGCCGAGCAUUCAUGUCGACGACUCGCUCGUUGUUAACGAGGUCCAAGCACCGGAGCGGCCGAAAUCGCCAUGGACGCCGUCGUACUCGGUGUCCAGACAAGGAUCUUCGGAUGACCUCCCAGCGGCCUCUGUCGAGGCAGAGGCGGAGCCGGUGGCGGCGGAAGAGCAAGCAGCUGAACCUCAAGCCGAGCCAGCCCCCGCCCCGGUCGCGAUUGACACUGGCGCAGAAGCGCUCGCGACUCCCCAGAAAGAAGCGGAGGAGAGGCCAAAAUCUCCCUGGACGCCGUCUUACUCGGUCACGAGGCAGGGAUCCAACCUCGUCGCGGACGAAGACAUCAAGGAGAUAGAGCAGCUGCCCGAGUCUGUUGCCCCCAUCGCGGACGCGCCGAAGACGGAGGAGCCAGCUCCUGUCGAGGCUUCUCCUGCCCCGCCAGCGCUGAUUAUCACCUCGGAGCCUGCCAACGGCACCGAGAACGACCUUGACGACGGAGAUUACCCGUUCCCUAUCAAGAACCUCGACUCAUUCCAGCCCCUCGCCGACAAGUCCAACGCAGGCGGCCUCGCCCCCGUCGACGAGAACAGGAUCAUCGGCAGCGCGGACCCUUCGUCCUCGCUGCGGAUUGAUAUCCCCACGACGCCGUCGCGCAAGCGGCACGAGAGCACGACGUCGUCGCGAUUCUUCCCCGGCGGGUGGUUCUCGUCGUCGCCCAAGGUGCCCGAGGAGGGCCGCGCGUCGCUCGACGUCGCGAGCGGCGAGUUCACCAAGUCGCCCGAGGUCACACCCGCGACGGCGCUGCCCACUGCCGUGGAACAGGACGAGGAGAAGAAGUCGCGGUUCUGCACGAUCAUGUAGAGGGAGAACGCGCGUUUCAACGUCAAGGCUGGGCUUUUUCGACCUCUCUCCACAAAUCAAAUUUCAAAUUUUAUUCAUGUUCAAUAUUCAACGUUCAGUUGCGAUGUUCAAAGUCCCAAUGUCCGCAAAACGACCCUGCGACGACCCCUUUUACGAUUCCAUCAUGUCCAUAUUAUCACCCAUUUUUUCUUCUUUUCUCUUGACUCUUGCAUCCUUUCAUCAUUUACAUUCCCCGGAUUUGGAUCCCAAAAAUCAGUCGGCUCCACGCAUACAAGGAAAC